AGCAAGGGCCCCUAUCGCCCGGGCCUGUCCGUCUACUCCGCUCCGUUUCCGUCAACUUGACGCCGUCCAUGGCCUCUUGUGGCGAUGACUUUUCCUUCCUCGACGACCACCAAAACCCUAACCCCGCCCAACCGCCUCCGCCUCCGCCUCCGCCACCCAAACCCCACCCCCACCCUACCAGAUCAACCCGUACGACCACGACUCCGAUCCAUUCGAUUCCGAGCCCGAUCGGAAUCCGAUUUCCGGAAAGCGCUCAUCGAUCGGGAUGAAAUCCACAGCGGAACGCCGAAGAGGUCGAGAUUGCCUUCGUCGGGAGGGAGCGGGGACUACAGGAAGGAUCGGGAGGAGUGGAGUGAUACGGCGAUCGGAUGUUUGCUCGAGGCGUAUAGCGAGAAGUUUGUGCAGUUGAAUCGGGGGAAUUUGCGAGGUAGGGAUUGGGAGGAGGUGGCGGCGAUGGUGAGCGAGAGGUGCGAGAAUCAGACGAAGAGCGUCGAGCAGUGUAAGAACAAGGUUGAUAAUUUGAAGAAGCGGUAUAAAUUGGAGAGGCAUCGGUUGAGCAGCGGCGGCGUUGCUGCGAGUCAUUGGCCGUGGUUCAAGCAGAUGGAGCAGAUCGUCGGAAAUUCUCUUGCCGCUAAAGCUGCUGCGGAGGAGGAGAAGUCGUCCGUCGGCGUUGGUGCGUCCUAUUCCGCUAGACAAUCCAAAAGGUUAGGAACAUCGAUCAACAGUACCAGUGUUCAAAUUAACAACGCCAAAUUGAAGCCAUCGAACAAUCUCAGACGACGAAGAGUGGUGUUCAAAAUUAGCGGUGCUGCUCUAGCUGGAAGUGCUGCUGCACCUAACAAUGUAGAUCCAAAGGUGGCAAUGUUGAUUGCAAAAGAAGUUUCAUUAGCUUGUUUUGCUGGAGUUGAGGUGGCUAUAGUUGUUGGUGGUAGAAACUUCUUUUGUGGAGAUUCGUGGGUCACCUCUGGAUUUGAUAGGUGCACUGCAUAUCAAAUUGGAAUGAUGGCGAUGAAGAUGAACUCCAUACUGCUGCAAUCCACACUAGAGAAAGCAGACGUGCAGGCACAUCUGCAGAGUGCAUUCUCUAUGCCCGAGGUUGCCGAGCCUUACAGCAGGCAACGAGCAAAAGGGAAGGGUUGUAAUAUUCGGUGGCAUUGUAGCGGGCACCGGGAAUCCAACUCUUCUCCACAGAUAAAGCUGCAGCAUUUAGAGCCUCUGAGAUGGAUGUGGGCUACUAAUGUGGCAAUAUACUUCAACCAAGCGACACUGAUCAAUGACGGAGACAAGAAUUUGUGGGGAUGGAAUGAGGAAGAUACGGAAACACAUCGGCCAUUGUUUCCAUUUUCGAAACUAUGUUCUCUCAUGCACUUGCCGUUAACAGUUCCAAGGCGACUCACUAUUCUCUUAGUAGACGAAGAGAACUGGUCUAAGGUGUGGAUACAUCACGGCUAAGGAUGUUCUUGAAUUAGUUGAGGAACAGAUCCUAAAGGGUGAAAUCGUUGAGAGGCUUUGGAGGGGCCAAGUGGGUACUACUAUUGGCAAAUCAAGUGCGGCCUUAUUUGAUAACCACAACCCACCAAGUGGGCUUGAUACAGUUAAAGUUAAACAAAAAAGAGAUGCCACCUGGAUUGUGGUUAUUAUAUUAAGCAUCACUUCAUCUGCUACUAUUGCUUAUGGCAUCUACCGAAGAAGAA